UCCUGAACGGUCAUAGCGUCAUCGAUGUGCGCUCGCGCAACUCGCUUUUAUCGUCUGUGGAGAUUCAAACGCAGUAAGAAGUUUAAAUAUAUUAGACGGUUGUUUAAAUGAUGAAGACCUCUGCGAUUAUAUUUUUCGGGCUUUUGGUCCAGUACUCCUCCUCCCGCGGACUUCCAGAAGAGUCGGUGGUGAGCGUAUAUACACCGCCAAGCUCUGAUGUCUAUCACCAGAUAGCAAAUAACAUUGCCGAGAGGAUCACAUCGCCAAUAUAUAGAUUCUUAGGAAUUAACAGGAAUUCAACAACCACAACAACGACGACAAGUAAACCUUGGGAUAAAAUAGAGAUACUAGACGAUACCAGUGACAAGGAGACGAAACUAUCAGACAGUAAGACCUCAGAAACCAGAGACGUUGAAGAACUGACAGGUGACAGUCCAACAAAGAAAGAAAAACCAGAAAAGAUAACCCUCUAUUCAAAUUAUCUACCAGCGAAGAUAGAGUUGAAUGAUACGAUAAACGAAAUUAGUGAUACGGAUGAAGAUGAUAACUUUGGCUUUGAUGAUGACGAUGAUGAAAAGGAAACGAAACGUAACACGUCACCAUUUAUAUACGUGGUGGAAUUAAUAGGAUCUCUCAUACAACUAGUGUACGGUGGAAUAGUUGCGUAUUUCUCAACAUCCUCGUCAAAUAAAACAAACUAAAUAAUUAGAUAAUUUCAGACCUUCAAAUAACGUUUCCAGGACUAACUUAACUACAUCGAAAUCUAUUUCCAGGUAGUUAUUAUAAAGAAAAUCUUGUGUAUUGAUUUAAUUAAAAAACAUUGAUAAUGAAUUAAUAAUUGUUUAAAUAAAUGGUUUUGUUUGAAAUAAUGUAUGAAAGCAAAAAAUGUAAUUAGUAUUACAGACGAUUAUUAUUGUAAAAUAAAUAUUUAUUACAACUA